CACUGCCACACACUACUCAUUUGUGUUCACAGUACGACACAAUAAAUGAAUGGAUCGAUACGUGCCUCAACUCACCUAGCGAACGGUUUAGCGUGUUAAUUGUCACCUGCCCGACCGACACCGCUAAAGCUAGUGGUUGCCAUCUCCUGCUUAGACCAAUAUGAGCAACUUGUGUGUGUUUGCAUCCAGUGGAGUGAGCUUAGAAAGUGCGCAGAGGGUCUUAUCUCGGUAGCUAGCGUUAACGUUAGCUCUGCAAAGCUGCUCUCCGUGGCCCGCUGCGGCUCGGUCGUCCACGGGACAGGUACUUCUCAGUAAGCUAAGACUCAGCAUCAUGAAUCUGUUGCGCCUAGUUUGCCGUCACAAGACAGCCCUGGUCAUCGGCACUGUGUGCAGCUUUGCUGUAGUUCUGGUUUUCCUGGCCAAAUGUACCUCAGAAACCCUGAAACAGGGCCACCAGGAUCCUCCAGGCCUAGCCCCUCAUGCCAACGCUUUGCAAUCCCGUCCAGAGCAGCAUAAUGCCCCCGCAACAUCCAAAGACUUGUCAGCAUUCCUUGUGGUCCUCAUCACAACCGGACCAAAGUACACCGAGCGAAGGAGUAUCAUCCGCAGCACUUGGUUGGCCAAGCGGGACUCAGAUGUUCUGGCCAUGUUUGUGGUGGGAACGCAGGGGCUUUCCAACGAGGACCUGCAGAACCUUAACACAGAGCAAGGGCGGCAUAAGGACUUGCUCUUAUUGACUGACUUGCGAGACUCUUACGAGAACUUGACGCUGAAGCUGCUGCACAUGUACUCCUGGCUUGACGAGAAUGUGGAGUUCAAGUUUGUCCUCAAAGCAGAUGAUGACACAUUUGCUCGCUUGGACCUCCUCAAGGAGGAACUGAAGGGGAAGGAGCCCAACCGCUUGUACUGGGGCUUCUUCUCGGGUAGAGGGCGAGUGAAAACGGCUGGAAAAUGGAGAGAAAGCUCUUGGGAGCUUUGUGACUAUUACCUGCCGUACGCUCUGGGUGGGGGCUACAUCCUCUCAGCUGACCUGGUGCAUUAUGUACAUCUUAAUACAGGCUACUUCAAGACGUGGCAGAGUGAAGAUGUGUCACUGGGCGCCUGGCUGGCACCAGUGGAUGUUCGUCGGACACAUGACCCACGCUUUGACACGGAGUAUAAAUCGCGCGGUUGCAACAACAAAUACUUGGUGACACAUAAGCAGAGCUUGGAGGACAUGUUGGAAAAACACCAGACUCUGCAGCGUGACGGCAGGCUCUGUAAGGAGGAAGUCAAGCUACGAUUGUCCUACGUGUAUGACUGGAGUGUGCCACCCUCACAGUGUUGCCAAAGGAAGGAUGGCAUUCCUUAAUUUUUGUCCUUUUUACAAGACUGAAGUUGGCCUCUGAUUCAUAUCUUCCAAGUUAGGAUAAGGGAUAAUGUUUUUUCACCAAAUAGCCCCAUUGUUACACCAUCUAAAGUUGUGCAACGGGUCCUUGACAUAAUAAUAAAUGUCAUAAUCCUUUUAAAUCCCCAUUUCAGAUUUGGAGAACCUUUUGUGUGAAUUAAAAAGGGUGGUUUUACUGCUUUUUUUCCCUUAAUUUAGACCAUCAACAAGCAAGUCAAUCUAAAAAAACAUUCCAUGCAAAGUUUUUUCACCUAUUUGAAACUGGGUUUUAGAGUUUCCAUGCUCAUUUAGAGUAGCUUUUACUAAUUUAGGUAUUGGUUUUUUUUGAGCUAGACCUGGUCUAAUGUGAUCUGGGUACAGGAAAAGUGACAUUUCCAUUUUUUUUUCUGUUUUCACAAAUUAAAAACUGGAUUAACAACUACCUAUGAAUUCACCUUGUCAAUCUAGUCCAAGUUGAUGAGUUUACAUUAUUUUUAUGUAGAGCUGGUUGAAAGUGAUCAGUGUGGAGAGAAAAAACAUAAUAAUGAAAUCAUACUAUUUUUGUUUUCACAAACAGAACAAAGGUUUCACAAAUCUGAAAAAGGGGCUUCAAACUCUCUGUAUGUACUGUGUGUGGGUGUGUGUGUGUGUAUAUAUAUAUAUAUAUAUAUAUAUAUAUAUAUAUAAAAACGGAGACACACAGUGGAGUUUUAAACAGCGUUAAAGCUUUUACUAUAAUGAUGUCUACAAGUAAAGUGGUGUAGCGAUGGAGAAUUGGCUGAGAAAUGUUACCCCUUAACUCUUGAACAGGAAGCCAACUGCAGCCUGGUGUCCUUUCUGACUUGUAAACUCCUUCAGCCUUGUUAUUUGGACCCAUGCUUCUGUCAGUGCUCUCCUUACCACGUUGGUGGCCUACUUCUUUCCUCUGUCUGGGCUUCUUCUGCUGUACCUCUUGCUAAAUAUUUUCCAACACUAUGAGAUAUGUUUUAAGGUUAUUUCAGUGUAGUAGAUAAUACAGGGAAACAAAGACGGGACAGUUUUACCCUGCCAUGAUAUCUACUUUUUUUUGUGAAAGAUUUUAUUUUUUUUUGUUUUUUAUUUAUUGUUAAUUUAUUCUGCAGCACAAACAACACACUGCUAUAGAGUUGGGACAGAAACACAGUGGCUGGGGUUGCUGCUUGUGAGUAGAAUUUGUAUUUAUAAACAUGCUGGGGGAACAUCAUGUAUUAUUUAGAGUUAAUGGGCCAGAAAUGUUCACUUUUAAAAUAUAAAACUUCUGUUUACGGUCAACGGUACACAAGGUUUCAUGUGUUUUGGAGGUUAAAAGAAUGAAAAGAGAAAAUGUUGAAUGUGUUUUCUUCAGCGGGCCUUCUUAUUCCUGCAACAGUCUCACUUCAUAAACGCACAGUAUGUAACAUAUCUGCAUUGAAAUAUCUAAAAACAACCAAACCUCUAUUAUAUAUUUUGUUUAAUAUGUGAGGAUAUUAACCCAAAUGUUUCCAACAAUGUCCAAACAUGGAGAAAUCCGUAAUUUUAUUCAAGGCAUCGGUGCGUUUCGAUUGGUCUCCUCUAGUGGCGACCAAUCGAAUACUUUACCUCGUCCAUGAACAUUUCUGCGUGAGUCACGUCUGAUAGACAACUCCCAUGAUGCCACGCUACUUCACGACGUCCUCAAACUGCUGCUUGUUUUAAUUGUUUUGAUUUAGAGACCCCGAGUGGCAGAAAUUACGUACUGUGUGUUUAAAGUUUAGGUCAAUACAUUUACUGUGCAGAGACAUCAAGUUUUUUGUGAAUGUGUGUUUGCAGCGCACAACGGAUUCAAAUAGAGGAACUUGAUGUGGAUACCAGCAGGCACUUGGUCACUUUUUUAAAACAAGAAACGUAAUUUUAAAGAAUCAUUGAAUGAAUCAUUGUUCAAAGACUACUUGUUUUUUCUGUUUUUGAGCUGUCCAACCUGAACUUACCCUGUGAUGUCAGUAGCUGCGUCCCAAAACUUGUGAAACGUGUACAGCGUUGAAGGGUAUGAUGUGUUGAGCACGAACUGUUGAGGAAUUGUGCAAAAACAGCCACGUCCGAGCUCGUUCUCAUGGCCGCUGUUACAUUUUUGUGAAUAAUGACAUGACUGUUUUCUCACUGCACAACUUAAGUUUCAGUGUUUGUUUUUACGUACAUGUUCAGCCCUCCCUGGAUGUUUUAUUAAAAAUUUUAAAUGUA